UGAGUUCCAAACAUAGCGAGAGAGAGAGAGAGAGAGAGAAUUAGAAAAAGAGUGAGAAAAUGUUCGGAAUUGGGAAGAACAUCAUUGAGGGAGCCUUGAAUACUACUGGAGAUCUUGCAGGCUCGGUUAUCAAUGCUGGUGGUAACAUUGUCGAGAAAGUUUCAAGUAUUGGAGGAAAAAAAAUCAAAGGGAAAGUGAUUCUGAUGAGAAGUAAUGUUUUGGACUUCACUCAGUUACAUUCCUCUGUUCUUGAUACCUUCACUGAGAUCUUGGGUAGUGGUGUUACUUUUCAACUCAUCAGUGCCACUCAAGCCUCAUUUGAUUCAAGAGGGAAAGUUGGGAAGAAGGCAUCUUUGGAGCAAUGGAUAACUUCAAUCCCACCAUUAUUUGCUGGAGAAUCUGUGUUUCAAGUUAACUUUCCAUGGGAUGAUAAUGAUUUUGGAUAUCCAGGAGCUUUCUACAUACAAAAUGGACAUACAAGUCACUUCUUUCUCAAAUCCCUCACUCUUGAGGAUGUUCCUGGCUAUGGAAGAGUCCAUUUUGAUUGUAAUUCAUGGGUUUAUCCUUCUGGAAGAUACAAGAAAGAUCGUAUUUUCUUUGCUAAUAACACAUGUCUUCCAAAGGAUACACCGGAUCCUCUUCGUAAGUACAGAGAGGAAGAAUUGUUGAAUCUUAGAGGAGAUGGAACUGCGGAACGUAAAGAAUGGGAUAGAAUUUACGACUACGAUCUCUACAAUGACAUUUCCGAGCCUGGUGAUGGGCGUCCAAUUCUUGGAGGGAGCCAAUACCCUUACCCUCGCCGUGGAAGAACUGGACGACGACGAGACUGGAAAGAUUCGAAAUACGAGACUAGAUUGCCAGUGGUAUCAGGCUUAAACAUUUACGUACCAAGAGAUGAAAAUUUUGGACACUUGAAGUUAUCAGAUUUUCUUGGAUUUGCACUGAAAUCACUUGCAUCAACAGUUUUUCCGGCACUUGUAGGCAUGGUAAAUAUUACACGGCCAGGUGGAGAGUUUGAUAAAUUUCAAGAUGUUCAUGAUCUUUAUGAAGGAGGACUUCCUGUUCCAUUGGAUGUUAUUAGAAAUCUCACUAAGGAUUUCACACCUCCAAUGUUACAAGAACUUCUUAGGACUGAUAAUGACCAACGCUUACUCAAAUUUUCACCUCCACAAGUUGUUAAAGAGGACAAGUUUGCAUGGCAAACAGAUGAAGAAUUUGCAAGAGAAAUGGUAGCUGGAGUUAACCCUCUAAUCAUUCGUCGUCUUGAGGUAUUUCCUCCCCAAAGCAAACUUGAUCCCAAAAUAUAUGGUGAUCAACAUAGCAAGAUUAGUGAAGAAAAUAUAAAAUCUGGCUUAGAAGGUCUUACAGUUGAUGAGGCAUUAAAUCAGAGGAAACUAUUCAUAUUGGAUCACCAUGAUGCAUUAAUGCCAUAUCUUAGAAAAAUAAAUUCAACAAAAACAAAAGCAUAUGCCACAAGAACAUUGCUAAUUUUGAAAAAUGAUGGAACUUUGAAGCCAUUGGUUAUCGAGUUGAGUCUGCCACACCCUCAAGGUGAUCAGUUUGGUGCAAAUAGCAAACAAUAUUUUCCAGCUGAAGAAGGAGUUCAAAAGUCAAUAUGGCAAUUGGCUAAGGCUUAUGUUGUUGUCAAUGAUGCUGGUUACCAUCAACUUAUCAGCCAUUGGUUGCAUACUCAUGCAGUACAAGAGCCAUUUGUGAUUGCAACACAUAGACAAUUGAGUGUGCUACAUCCAAUUCAUAAGUUACUUGUUCCUCAUUACAAAGACACUAUGUUUAUCAAUGCAUUUGCAAGACAAGUGCUUGUUAAUAGUGAUGGUCUUCUUGAACAAACCCAUUUUCAAUCAAAGUACGCCAUGGAGUUAUCUUCUUACAUAUAUAAAGAAUGGAAUUUUCUUGAGCAAGCACUCCCUGCUAAUCUCAUCAAAAGAGGUGUAGCAGUUGAGGAUGCAAGAUCAACACAUGGACUUAAGUUACUCAUAGAGGAUUAUCCAUUCGCUGUUGAUGGGCUUGAGAUUUGGUCAACAAUCAAAACAUGGGUUACAAACUAUUGCUCUCUAUACUACAAAGAUGAUAGUGCAAUUCAAAAUGAUGUUGAACUUCAAUCUUGGUGGAAAGAGGUUAGAGAGAAAGGUCAUGCUGAUAAGAAAAAUGAAACAUGGUGGCCAAAGUUGCAAAAUUUCAACGAACUGGUCGAAACAUGUACAACUAUCAUAUGGAUAUCUUCGGCUCUUCAUGCUGCAGUUAACUUUGGACAAUAUCCUUAUGGAGGCUUUAUUCCGAAUCGACCAACCAUAAGUCGUAGGCAUAUGCCUGAAGUAGGAAGUGUUGAGUAUAAAGAACUUGAAUCAAAGCCUGAGAAGGCUUACUUGAAAAUAAUCAAUUCGAUGUUGCAAACACUUCUUGGAGUUUCACUAAUUGAAAUAUUGUCAAGGCAUGCUUCUGAUGAAGUUUAUCUUGGACAAAGAGCUAGUAUUGAAUGGACUUCAGACAAAGCUGCAUUGGAACUGUUUGAGUAUUUUGGAAAAGAGGUAUCGGAAGUUGAAAGUAGAAUUAUCGAAAGGAACAAGGAUGUGAAUCUCAAAAAUAGAAGUGGACCCGUUAAUGUUCCAUAUACUUUGCUUCUUCCAUCGAGUAGUGAAGGACUCACAGGUAGAGGUAUUCCAAAUAGCAUCUCUAUUUGAAGAGAUCAACUCUAUGUUUAAACUAUCUAUAUUAUUAUUGUGUGGUUACUCUAAAUUUAUUCCCCAGUAAUUUGUGUGUAGCAAAAAGCUACUUGAGCUACUCGAUAAAUAAAUAAGAUGAAUAAGAGUGCUUACUAAAGUAGCUAUUUACUAUGGUGUGUUCCAGUUUUAACUUUGGUCUACAUGUAAUGAAGGUGUGUUGUACUUAUAGCUUUUUUUCUAUAUAUAACGAAGGUGUGUUGUACUUCUAUAAUAUUUAGCCUUAUGCUUUGCCCCUU